UUACAGCCAGCUGUUUGUGUCGUGUGUUUGGGUUUUCUUCCAGCAGUUUAAAGUCUUCAAACGACAGAGAUAGCAAAGGCACUGGCUCCACUCGAAUGAUGGCUCGGGAGGCGAGACUCACCUUCCUCCUCUCCUUCCUCGUGUUUCUCACGCUGUCAGAUGUGUGCGACUGUCAUCCUCGCCCUGCUCGAUGCGUGAACGCAACAUGUGUCACCACGGAGGCAUCCAAUGAUACUGCAAGGAAAGCUCCAGAUGCCGCAGCAGAGGUCGCCGGCUACGCCGAUGUGGCCAAGCAGAUCAUCGACCUGGCCGUGUUCGGCGCCGCCCAGAACCGCUCCUACAGACGUCUGGCCGACUUCACUGACACCAUCGGGAACCGUGUCAGCGGCUCGCAGAACCUGGACUUGGCUAUUAAAUACAUGUUCAGGGCCAUGACACAGGACGGGCUGGAUGUGCAUUUGGAGCCGGCCAAAAUCCCACACUGGGUGAGAGGGAAGGAGAGUGCAGAGAUGAUUGUGCCCCGGGCCAAGAGUCUGGCUAUACUGGGGUUAGGUAGCAGUGUUGGAACACCUCCUGGAGGUAUCGAGGCCGAGGUGUUGGUGGUUCAGUCAUUUGAAGAACUGAAGCGUAGAGCCGGCGAGGCCCCGGGAAGGAUCGUGGUUUUUAACCAGCCUUUUGUCAGCUACGGAGAGACGGUGGCUUAUCGGGCUUUUGGCGCCUCUGAGGCGGCCAAAGUGGGAGCUGUGGCAACGCUCAUUAGAUCCAUUACUCCGUUCUCGAUUAACAGUCCCCACACAGGCUGGCAGGACUAUCAGGCCGGAGUGAGGCGAAUCCCAACAGCCUGCAUCACUGUGGAGGACGCUGAGCUGAUGUGGCGAAUGGCACAGAGGGGCCAGAAGGUCGUGGUCAGACUCACAAUGGGAGCCGAGACUCUGCCGGACGCUGACUCUUUCAACACAGUGGCAGAGAUAAGAGGCUGGCAGCACCCGGAGCAGGUCGUCUUACUGAGCGGUCAUCUGGACAGUUGGGAUGUGGGCCAGGGCGCCAUGGAUGACGGAGGUGGAGCCAUGAUUUCCUGGGAGGCCCUGUCACUCAUCAAAGACCUGGGUUUACGUCCAAGAAGGACUUUGCGCGCCGUGCUGUGGACGGCUGAAGAGCAGGGCGGAGUUGGAGCUCAGCAGUACUACGAUCAGCACAAGGUGAACAUGUCCAACUUCGACCUCGUCAUGGAGUCUGACUUGGGGACAUUCACCCCAGUCGGUCUGCAGUUUACUGGCAGUGACGCAGCCAGAAAGGUGAUGGAAGAAGUGGUGAAACUUCUGGCUCCCAUUAACACGACCAAACUGGAGGCCCACGGUGAAGGAACAGACAUCUCACCGUGGAUGCAGGCCGGAGUACCAGGUUCCAGCCUCCACGUGGCCGACAGUCGCUACUUUUGGUUCCACCACAGCGAAGGCGACACCAUGGCGGUCCAGGACCCCCGAGACAUGAACCUCUGCUCGGCACUGUGGGCCGUGGUUUCCUACGUGGUGGCCGACCUGCAGGACAUGCUGCCCAGGUAGCAACAACGGCGGGAUUAUCGGAUCAGUGAACGCCGGGUUGAAUCCAGAAAUACUUGAGAUUGAAUAGUUGAUUUUUUAAUGUCGGUUUCUGUUUACAAUUUGAAUGUAAAUUGACUUUAGAUCAACAAGAGAGAGGAAGAAAACUCUGUGAUUGAUUGAAAUCUCUUAGAUCUAUAAAAAUUACUUUGAAUGUGAAGCAAGCUAAUGUCCAGAACCAAAGAGAGGACACGUAAAAGUUUAUCUGAAACCCAAUGCAGCACAAUAGAUGCCUAUAAGAUCCUGCUACAUGACAAUCUGGAUGAUUUUUAGCAGAGAAAAACACAUCGUGUUUAGAUUCGGUGGAAAAAUGCAGAUUUUCAAGUUAAAAAAAAUCAAUUUUUAAGGAGUAGGAUUGCGGAUUUUCUCAGGUUCUGUAUUUUUAGAUGCAUAAUGUGCACCAGCAUGGAUAAUAUUAGAAUGUUUUUAAGUGUAGGAUUUAAAAAAAAAAAAAGUAUUAGAAAGUCCUAAAGUGAACUCAUAAAUGAGUGUUUCUGUGUUAGUAGUGAGUUCAUUAAGGAGAAAACAGAGUGUUGGGAAAUUGCAGUGCUGUCUAUAAGUUUUAUCUCAAGACAAACUUUUAAAAGCCUGAUUUUCAUUGAACUGUUUUAUUUUGGUUGAUGUUUGAAGUGAUUUAUGUUCACACUGUGUUUAAUUCCCUUUAUUUUUCCUUCAGUCACUUUUGCAUGAUGUUUUGUAAGAUCUGACCCCAAGUAUCAGUGCACUAUUAAACUAUUAAUCAUUGUUUUAUGCAGUGA